CACGUAAAACACAGGAAAAAGAUACAACAUGCCACUACUGUAUUCCAAUAUGCCAAACAUAGCCCCAUAUAUUUUAAGAAUUUAAAAAGAUUUGGGAGAUCUUUGAAACACAAAACACACAACAAUGGCGGCAUUCAUAGUAUCCAGAGAUCAUUUACUAUAAUUCAUGACGGUUGGAGGCAAGAAUUGAGGAAGCAAGUUAUUAGAGCAUCAAAGGCAAUUAAUGAUGAGAAGGCCACAUAUCAUAGCCAUACCAUAUCCAGCACAAGGCCAUGUUAUCCCUUUAAUGGAGCUUUGCCAGUGCUUAGUCAAGCAUGGCUGCAAGGUCACCUUCGUCAACUCUGAGUUCAACCACAACCGAAUCAUCCAAUCCAUGUCGGAGGCAGACAAUGUUAUAAACCUCGUAUCGGUCUCUGACGGGUUGGCAGUGGAGGAGGACAGGAAUGACCUGAAGAAGCUAACAGAAGCAUUCUAUGAGGUUGUUCCAGGGAAGCUGGAGGCUCUCAUUCAUAACAUAAAUGAGUCUGAUGAGAACAGAGUUUCGUGUCUUAUUGCCGAUGAACAUUUGGGUUGGGCCAUUGAAUUGGCGAAGAAAUUGGGACUCCAGCGAGUUGCUUUCUGGCCUGCUGCAGCUGCUUCACUAACCAUGAUCUUAAAUGUUCCAAAGCUAGUUGAUGAUGGGAUUGUUGGCAAGAAUGGAGAAAUACUGAGAAAGCAGAGCAUAAUUAAUAUAUGCUGUCAUCGGACGACAGGAAAUAAAGAACAAGGUGGAACAAUUUUUUGGGGAUGAAACCUUUAAAACCAGAGUAGUGGAUCUUCAAGGAGAGGUGUUGUCUUGUGUUAAAAGUGGAGGGUCUUCGAAUCGGAAUUUCAGUAGUUUCGUUAACUGGAUUAAGGCAACAGAUUAAGCAAAACUCAGUCGGUCAAAACUGCAUGAUUCACUUGUAAUCAGUGGAC